AUGAGUGACAAUGAGGAAAUUCAAGGACAGGAAAAGACGGUCGAGACAAGUGGAAGUUCAGCCAGUGCAAAGGAUGAUAAGCAUGAAAGUUAUGAAAGAAUUCUCGAACUGAAACGUAACAAGAGGUCAAAAAAAACAGCAGUGACUAAAGUCCGACACAGUUUGGAAAGAUUAUGUGCAAAAAAAGGUGAGCUUGACAUUCAAUCAAUAGAAGGGCAAAUUGAAGGUUUAUGGGAGUUGCUAGAGCAAAGCAUGAGUGUUAUGGAUGAGCUCAGUCAUGCUUAUAUGCAAAUUGGUAAACAUGACAGUAAUGCAACAACGAACACAGAAGCAGAAAAUUUUGAAUCUGAAACAUUACAGGCAAUUGAAAGGGCGGAGGGUGCAAUUAACGAAUUUUUGCAA